AUGGGAAAGAAGAGAAGGAAUGUAACUGAUAGGACUGGAAAAACUGUAGAAAGUGUAACAGAAAAUAAGCAACCACGUACAGUGAAAUCGAGGAAUAAUGGAGAUGAAGGUCCUUUGAAGAAGAAUAAGGCUGAAGUGCCAACAGAGGAUCUGCCUGGAACCUCCUCUGGCACUGUCCGAGCAAGAGUUGAACACAAAAGCACCCUUGAACUAAUAGAGAAUGAGGAAGAAGAAAUGGCAGUGGUAGGUCAUGACCAUUCUCCUGGUCCAUCACCCAAAAUGGAAUCAAGCGGCAGUCCAUCUGGAAGUGCAUCUACUAAAAAGUGUCAAACUUCAGAUUCUCAGACAGUGAAUAAUGUCAUAAGCCAAAGUGCCACAUCACCACAGACUACACAGCAAGCUUCGAAGCGUAGAACGCCUUGUAUGUUUGCUGACAGCUGCUACAGAAAAAAUCCAGUGCACUUUCAGGAGUUCAGUCAUCCUGGUGACAGUGAUUACCUUGACGUGGAGAGUGGAAGUCAGGAUGACAAUGAUGACAGGCCAGAGUGUCCCUACGGUACUGAUUGUUACAGGAAAAAUCCACAGCACAAGCUGGAAUACAAGCAUACUAGACCACCAGGCAGGCGGCUAAGGAAAAGAGCUGCAAAGAAAGCCAAAAAUGCUUUGGACGAUGACAGUGAUAAUGAUGGGGAGCCCAAUGAGUACGACCUAGAGGACAGCUUUAUUGAUGACGAAGAGGAAGAGGACUUCACCGAUGAGGAUUCAGACUGGAUGCCAGACUCUGAAGAAAAAGACAGUGAAGACGUGAACCAGCUGGUAAAAGAAGCAAAGCGAUUUGUCAAAGCAAAGCACUGAUUUCAGUUUUUACCCCUUUUUAUUGUUUGUAAAU